CAGGACCGUGGAGAGCGCUCUGCGUAAGUGCGCGCGCUGUCCAAUCCCUGAGAGCUGCUUCGAUAAAAGGCUGCAUUUUUCACCGUUUUCGAGACAGAUUGUUUCGUAUCUUAACCUCACCCCAACAGGCAGAGAACGCCACGUCUGGCAAUUUUAUUUCGUACCAAGGACAUUACGUUAAAUGAACACUCACAAAGAUAUACUGAAGCAGGUUUCGAAUAAAAUAAUUAAACGUGUGUGGUUUCCGGCGGCAAAUGGUUCAUUUUGCAAUGGCCAUCCAAAUCUCAGGAAUAUUAAGCUGUACCACGGUACUGCCGAGACCAGCGGGGUGACAGGCGAUGCCGCACCCCCCAAAGCCCUCAUCAUUCGGAAUAAUUCUUCACAUCGUGGUCGAUUCGGAUGAAAUGGAAUGGAUGUCUUGAAUGGCACCGGCGCGACAGUAAAUUCUGCCGCGGAUCAACAGCCAGAUGAUGAGGUGUUUGGAAUUUUCCCGGUUGACCCGUACAACGCAACUUUCAUGUUCAACAAAACAAAUAGUUCUUGGGCUGACUUGUUCGAUAUCCUGGAUUUGGAUAAAGCAGAUUUUGUGGGUGAUGGAUCAGCAAUCCUGAGAAUAGUCAUAUCUAUAACUUACUCAGUUGUCUGUGCUUUGGGACUAAUUGGAAACAUCCUUGUCCUGCAUCUAAUGAAGUCGAAACAAGUGUGGAAGAAAUCGCCAAUCAACUUGUUUGUUACCAGCCUAGCCGUGACGGACUUCCAGUUUGUACUGACCUUGCCAUUUUGGGCUGUGGAGAACGCUUUGGAUUUCACCUGGCUGUUCGGCAAUGCCAUGUGCAAAAUUGUCUCUUACGUGACAGCCAUGAACAUGUACGCCAGCGUAUUCUUCCUCACGGCCAUGAGCGUGGCGAGGUACUGGUCCGUCGCGUCCGCCCUCAAGAGCAAGCGGCGCCGCCACUGCUGCUCGGCUAAGUGGAUGAGCGUUCUCAUCUGGGUCGUCGCCGUGGUCGCGGCGCUUCCUCACGCCGUGUUCUCCACCACGGCCACGGUGUCGAACGAGGAGCUGUGUCUGGUUAAGUUUCCGGACAAGAGGGGCGAUGCCCAAUUUUGGCUGGGGCUCUACCACGCUCAAAAAGUACUGCUUGGGUUUGUCAUCCCUCUCGGGAUAAUCUCCGUAUGCUACUUGCUCCUUUUGCGUUUCAUUACAAGCAAAAACAUUAACACGUCCAGCGCGAAAAGACGGUCCAAAGUUACUAAAUCCGUGACUAUUGUCGUCCUCUCAUUUUUCCUGUGCUGGCUACCUAAUCAGGCGUUGACGGCUUGGGGGAUACUCAUUAAAUUCAAUUUAGUACAUUUCAGUUACGAGUAUUACACAACUCAGUCGUACAUCUUCCCAGUUUCUGUGUGCUUGGCGCACUCCAACAGCUGUUUGAACCCCAUACUGUACUGCUUAAUGAGGAAAGAAUUCAGAAAGGCGUUGAAAAAACUCUUCUGGAAAAUCACCUCGCCCUCGGUCACGAACAUGCGACCCUUUACGGCGACGACUAAGCCGGAACAGGAUGAACAGGGAAACCCCUUGGUUCACCUGAGUCCCGCCGAACCCGGACUCGUAUUCUACCCCCCUGGGGCUGUUAUGUAUCACGGAAGAAACGAUCUUCUCCCGAACAGCACGUAGAAAUGUAAAACAAAAUAGGGUUAUGGUUUUAUCCUUCCCGUGAAGGAAUGGUCAUUCAUCGUAUUUGCAAUCAGGUUCUGAAUCCAGGUCAUGAAGACAAUUGAAAAUGAAUGGAACAAAUGGAGUCCCUCUUACUGUAGACAAUUAUGAACCGUAAAUUACGAGGAUGGUAAACGAAGGCAGGUUUGGGCUUUUCAAAAUCAAUGUUAUGUCCUUAGGAAUGUCAGGUCUGUACAUGCUUUUAUUUGGCUUGUAUUUUUGUGUCAAAUUUUAUUUAUUUUUUAAAAAGAGAAAUGCCGAUAUGCCGGGUCGAAAGUUUGCUAAUAUUGUUGGUUAUAUAAGUAUUCAAAGUCCGUGCGUAUCGCUUGCGCGCUGUUACAUUUAAACGUGUCAAAAACUGUGAAAAAUAAACAUUUAUUCUCUGUU